AGGGAAACCAGUGUUUGGCACCAGAAAGAGCUGCGAUCUCACAAUCCGGAGUUCGCACUAGCGGCCCAACUUGACAAGGACCCCGACUGUGCCAAGCUUCCAAAGCGGGCUUGUACAUUGAAGUAUAUCCGCACUACACCGCAUCCAAACGCCCCAUUUCACCUUCACCUUGGAUUCUGGAGUCUUGGGACCUGGAUUGGGGACUUGGGGACCAUGGGACUUGGACUCGUUGCUAUGCAUGUCUCAACCGCAUUGGGGGGAAUGAUGGUGAGACCUCAUCUUGCUUGUGUACCGACCGGCAUUGCAAUACCGCGCGCGUGCCACGCUUGGAUUAGAGUCUUGGCAGUAAAUUUUUAUCAACUUCAACACCAACUUCGCCUCCAUCUUCGCCUUCAUCUCGACCUGCCAAGCCAGCAGACCAGACCAUCACGGCACGCAAACCUCGUUGCCAAGACAUCGGUUCUCCCAAUGCUGUCCUGCUGGACAACAACAAUGUUGGAGGGGUCGGGAAACAAAUUUCUAGAUGACACGAAACGUACGGAGUAGACAAGACAAAAAUAAAUAACCAAAACCACCAAAACCAC